CUUGCGACCCCCCAUUGAGCUGCAUUAUGCAGGGGGCCGUGAUGUCACAAUUUCCCAUAGUUCUGCAGCUUAGCCAGCUCUGUGCACGGCCAGGGAACCUCCCAUGUGCAGCUUCUGCCAAUCAUAGAAGCCCCAGUGAGCUGAGCAAGCGUCUUCAUCUCCUCGGCAGGGAAGCAUCUGACAGCCAGCUCAGUGUUUAUAAGAGCAAGAACGAUGUCCCAAGAAGCAGAGGGGGAGGGGAGAUCCCUGCUUUCCCCUGCACUGAUCACAAUCUGACAGCAGAGGCCUUGUCAAAUUGAAACAAGCAAUCUGGUUGUUAUGGGCAACUAGUCAAAUUUUCUCUGCACUGAUUUUAUGAGAAAUGACAGAACUAGUUGACUGCCCAGCCUAUAAAAUUUGAAGAUGCCAAUUAUCUUGCUUGAAUUACUAAAAUGUCCAGAAAGAUGUCUUUAUGAAGAUGAAUACCGGUAUAUGUUGUCACAUGAUGAGUAUUUUUAGCACAUAAAGAUUAUGUGUGAAUGUUGGUACCAUGCCGAAAUAAGCCAGACUUAUGCGGAACAGCUAUUGAUCCGAGAUGGACGUGAUGGAGCCUUUCUUGUGCGCCAGAGUGAAUCCGUCAGUGGGGCAUUUGCUAUCUGCCUUAUGUACCUUCAGCAGGUGCACACAUAUCGUGUCUUACCAGACGAGAAUGGAUUACUCUCAGUUCAGUCUAUGGAUGGUGUUGAAGCAAGAAAAUUUCCCACCCUUAGAGAACUAAUUGCUGCCUACAAAUGCGAGGGAAAUGGACUGGUGACUGCAUUACUUUACCCUGCUGGUUGGCAGGGAAUGGCUAAAGCUGGCGACCCUACUUGUAAAUGUCUAUGCUGGGAAGACAUCAUCUUUACUGAUUCAAGAAGUGAUUUAACCCAGUGCGAUAGAUCUUGUGGGACCCAUACCACAAUCUUUCAAGAAAGCCAGCAGGCUUUAUGGAGGCAGAAUCUGGGCCAGUGUGCCCUGGUGGCAGAAUUAGAGAAGGAGUGCAAAAAUCUUGAAAGUGAGAUUAAAGCCACUUGGCGGAGUUUGAAGACACUUGCACAAGUCUUUGGACACUCAUCCAUUGUGUUACUUCCUAAAGGGAAUCAGGUCUCUGUACUUGACGGUCUCAUAUGCAUCAUAUCAGGUGUUCUGCAGUUACUUUCUACUUUAGAAAACAAGGCAAAACAAGUGUACAGUGAGGAUAUUUCUGUUUCCUCCACUACUUCAGCUGCUCAUAAUUCACCUGGUAUAAAGAUUUAUAGAGGAAAAGAGUCCAGGCAUAUCAAACAAAGUGACCAGACUCGGCCCCAAAGGACUGCACCCCAAAGCCUGUCUGUAUUUGUUGGCACCUGGAAUAUGGGUGGCUCAUCUCCUCCGCGUUCUCUUUCUUCAUGGCUGUCUGCAAAGAAGGUUGAAGGGAACCUGGAUAACCCUUCUGUUUGUGCAUCACAUGACCUUUACAUGAUUGGAACACAGGAAAAUCCACAAGGAGACCGGGAGUGGGCAGAGUUGCUUAGAACCGCAUUGAUAUCUCAGACAAUGAAACAUUAUAAAUUAGUCUGUGUACACUCCAUUGGGGGGAUAAAACUUGCAUUACUGGUGAGAGAAGAAUAUGAAUAUCUCAUCUCUCAUGUGCAGACAUCAAAUGUGAGGACGGGAAUCAGCAAUACCUUGGGUAUUAGAGGAGCUGUUGGUGCCUCUUUCACUUUCAACCGAGUAUCAAUAGGUUUUGUUACUUGUCACCUUGUGUCUGGAAUGGAUAAAGUCCAAAAGCGGAACCAGAGCCUUGCAGAAAUCAUAUGUGGUCUUAAACUUGGAGAUGAAACUUUAAGAAGCUUCCAGUUGCCCUUGAGACUUACAUAUCUGUUUUGGGCUGGUGACUUGAACUAUAAACUAGACAUGCCUUUUCAGGAUGUUCUGCAAUGUAUCUACAGUGGCCAGCACCAACUUUUGCUUCCUGUGGACCAGCUUAACCAGGAACGUGAGAAGAAGAAAAUCUUCCUAGGAUUCAAGGAGCCUCCAAUCACAUUUCCACCCACAUGUCGCUAUGAGAGAGGUUCCCGUGCAUAUGAUUUGCAGAAAGCAAAGACAACUGGCACUCGAAUAUUUGUACCAUCUUGGAGUGAUCGUAUCCUAUGGACAUCAUAUCCAGGCACUGAGGUUAAAUGUACCUCAUAUGGAAGUACAAAUGAUGUUUUAACCAGUGACCAUUCACCGGUGUUUUCCACAUUUGAGGUUGGGCUCAAUGCUUUGUCACAGAAAGAUUGCAGUUAUAGCCUUAAAUUUCUGAGUAUUGAAGCCAUUAUCAAAACCCAAAGCCGGUCCCAAGCAUUCAUUGAGUUCCGAUCCAUGGGCAUAAAAGGGACCCCACAAAGUAGUGUAAACAGUGUGCACAAUUCAGAAGGAGCAGCAUUUGUAAAACUUGGUUGGUCUGAACAAGAUUUACCAGAGCUCACCCUGGUUGAAGAUUUCACCCUUUCUUCAUGUGCAGGACACUUACUCUUGAGUAUCCGUCCAACAGAUGGUGGUGAUUCCUACGGUGAAUGUUGUGUGUCCCUAAGGACAGAUUACACUAAUGUGGAGCAUCAUAUUCAAGUUUUUCUAUCCCAGCGAGCGGAGGAAACAGGGUCUUUGAGGGGCCGGCUGAAAAUAAGCCAACUUCCAUUGGUUAAUCCAGACAGAAGCCCUAACAUGGCAGGAAAAGAAAUCGAGAAAGUCAGAGGAAAUGCUGCCAAUGUCACUGGUUUUGCUGAUACUUUAUGUCGCCAUUCACAAUGUUCAGCACGUUCUACCAGACAACGUCCUGCAAGUAUCUGCUGUGAAAGUUACAGUAAUGCUGAAUAUUUUUUGUUCGAGAACUUAAGUUCAUCUUCCACACCAACAUCUCCAAGGCCUCGUUCUGCAUUAGUAAGAGGAGAGAAAACACCAGAUCACGGGCAAAAAUUAUUUAGGGAUGACUUAGAGCGGGCAAUUGCAUCAUCUCUAUCUAAGAGACCCACUUUCCAUUAAAAGAUAGCACUGAAUAGUUAGGCUAGAAUUAGCUGGUUUUGUAAAAAAAAACAAAAAAACAAAAAAAAAACCACCCAGGUAGCCACCAUAGUUUUGUGCCAAAAGUGCAGUGACCAGAUGUUAGCUGGGAGUCAUUAGAGAAAUUUAAAACGCUAUACCCACCUGACUUGACAUGAUGAAGUAAUCACAUGACUUGUUAUAGAAAAAAUGUAGUGGGAAAUGCCUUAUAACAAUGCCUUAUAAAAAUGCUUAUAGUAAUGCACACUAUUUAGGGAAAAAUGCCACAAAAACAGCAUCAUACAGGAAAACAAAGCCAUACAGCCAUUUUUGUUGCCCUUUUGAGGCCAAAAGAUGCAGAACAAAUUUGUGUCUGAAGAAAGCCUCAAGGCGCUCUUUUCUAUAGUCCAAGCCAAGGCCUAAAUGAGACAUAAAAUAGGACAAAACAGGGCGUACACAAGCCAUCAAUGUUGGGCUGAAAUACUUGGUGUCCACCUUUCAACUAUGCAAAUACAUGCAGAAGAUUUAUUCAAAAUUUGUGUAAAUGAAAAGUGGAGCAGUUACCGAUAGCAAACUAUCAGGUCCCUGGUUUUAUUUUCCCUGUAAAAUGAAAGGUGGAAUAUAAUUGCCUGGAAUAAGAAUUUCCUUUUCUUAGGUUGUGAUAAAUCUCCCACACUGCACAUUGUUUCCGAUGCUCCCUGGAGCGCUACCUUCCUUUUAUCCUACUCAGAUAUGAUCUCAGUACAUUUCACACAGAUGAAUAUACCCAACAAAAUCCUUAUACAGUAACAGUGUUUGGUUAUCCAAUAUUCCAGUGCAAAAGGGAGGCAGCAGGAAUCGAACCCAGGCCUACAGGACAUGAAGAAUUGCUGAUGUUAGCUGGAAAUGUUAAUUUCUAAUAAAACACGUCUGACCAUUGUUUUUUUUUUUUUUUUUCAUAUUGCAAUAAAUAC